AUGCAGGGAGAUGUCAGAGGCACACGGGAGCCGCCCUGGGAAGAGCAGGUACGGAAUGUUAACAAGACCUGGUUUGAAGCAUGCGGUCCGGGCUUGGAGCAGCCCUUCAGGAUAAUUAAAUCUCCUUACUAUGAAACGUACCUAGAUAUGACUGUUCUGGACUAUGUUCUUGCCCUUACCGAUCUUGUGCAGAAGAAAGCAGAGAACCGAUGCAACAGCAAAGUGACCCGCGCCCCCUCCCCCAAGCCUGCGCGGGGCACAACUGUCACUGCCGCGGCCCCACGCCGCUCCUGCUUCCGACGACGGCCACAGGCCCCCAGGCUGCGCGGCGGGCACCCGCGGUCCCCACCGCCGGCACGCGCGGGGCCGCGAGUCGGGAGCGCCGCCGGGGCCCGGGGCACGAGUGAGCCGAGGAUAAUCCCAUUCCCUUUCAAAUCCGUACGCUUUCAAAGAAAAGUGGAGACGAGGGAGGCCCUGGGUGGAGCUGGAGGGGGAACCACAUGCAAACUUUCAGAGCCUCUGAAUCUGCAUUUCUGGCGAGAGUCUCCCAGCCGGCGAUUAGGGGAUCCAGAUACCCCCCUGCGCCCCCCACCCCCGUUACUUAGCCCCCGAGGCUGGAGACCCCGCGAGGAGACGCACCGAGCGGAGCCCGGGUCCCUCGCCCACCCGCUCCCCCAGCAGCGGGCAGCAGGCGCGCUCCGGGAGCCCGGCCUCCCCGCCCGCCGGGCCGCGCAGCCGGGCGCCUCCCCUCGCGGCCCACGCCGCCGGCCGGGGUCCGUCCGGGCCGGUGCGGCUCCCGGACCCGGCCGGAUGCACAGCCGGGCCGGGCGCCGAGGCUCGGCCGCGCGCCUCCCGGGCAUUGUCCGCAGCCGGGGCGCCGCGCGGCCCCCGCCCCCCUACCCGGCCCGGCCCCGCCUUACCUCGGCCGCGCUCCCCGGCCCCGGACGCUGCGGCCCCGGCCGGGCGCCGAGCUCCCGGGGACGACGGCGAGGAAGAUCGGGCCCGCCAGAAACGGGGGCCGAGCGCGGGCCGCACGGGGGCCGCCGAGUCCGGGCGCCGGCCCCGCGGGGCCACGGACGGAGCGCCGGCCGCGCGAGCCCGGGGCCCGGGACGCAAGGCCGUGGAGCGCCCGGCUGGCGGCGGCCGCGGUCGCUCGCUCCGCGCCGAGGGGGAGGGCUGGGCUGGCUUCGCGGAGCGCGAGGGAGGGAACUUGGAGCGAGUUGCCGCGGCCCAGAGCGCGUGUCCCCGCCGAGUGUGCACGCCCCCAUAGGGCGCCCCGCCCCGCCCCCGCCCCGCCCCUCCGCAGCCCUCCCCGGGCCCGCCCCCGCCCCCGCCCCCGCCCGCACCCCCGCUCGCAGCCGGGCCACCUCGCCCAGCCCUGUGCCCUCCUCCACUCCCACCCUGGUCCCGCCUCCACACCCCUCCCACAGCCAGGCGUCAGACCCCUUCCGCACCCCCACCCGGGUGGGGGGAAUCCGCAGGCUCCGCGCUGCCGGGAAGCCCCAGAUCCGGCCACCGCGCACGGGGGACCUGGAGUCUCUUGUGACUGUGAUAACCGCACCUGGUAGUCAGCCCGUCAGAUGA